AUAUUGGAUCGUGGCGGUAGUCUUCGUUCAGUUCUACACAGGUCUACACGUAUCUUUUAAUAAGUUUUCAACAUGAGUAAUAACGACGUUGUAAUAAUAUCGGCGGUCAGAACACCUAUAGGAUCGUUCUGUGGUUCUUUAUCAUCAUUGAAAGCAUCAGAUCUAGGAAGUAUAGUUAUUAAAGAGAGUCUUGAAAGAGCUCAUAUUAAACCUGUGGAUGUUUCUGAAGUAAUACUAGGACAGGUAUUGACUGCAGGUCAAGGACAAAAUCCAGCAAGACAAGCAGCAAUGAAAGCUGGUCUUCCUAUAUCUGUACCUGCUUACCUAAUUAACAUGCUAUGUGGUUCAGGUUUAAAGGCAGUCUUGAAUGGUUACUUAUCUAUAAAAGCUGGAGAGAACCAAAUAGUUGUAGCCGGUGGUCAAGAAAGUAUGAGUCAAUCUUGCCAUGUAUUACACCUCAGAAAAGGCGUAAAAAUUGGAGAUUGUAAUUUAAUGGACACUUUAUUAAUCGAUGGCUUGAUAGAUGCAUUUCAUGGAAUUCACAUGGGAGUAACAGCUGAAAAUAUUUCUAAAGACUACACUGUAAGUAGAAAAGAACAGGAUGAGUAUGCAGCUAAAUCUCAACAGAAGGUAGAAGCUGCAAUGACUGCAGGCUAUUUUUCCAAGGAAAUCAUUCCUGUAACUGUACCUACUGGAAAAGAACCUAUUAUUGUGGAUAAAGAUGAAUAUCCUAAGUUUGGAACAACUGUAGAAAGUCUUCAAAAAUUAAAACCUGCAUUUUUGGAAGCUAAAGGUACAGUUACAGCUGGUAAUGCUUCUGGCGUCAAUGAUGGAGCAGCAGCAGUAGUUCUUAUGUCUGCGGAUACUGCUAUGCAAAAAGGACUUUCCCCAUUAGCUAAAAUUGUUGCAGUAGCUGAAGCUGGAGUGGAACCAAGAAUUAUGGGCAUAGGUCCUGUGCCAGCAGUUGAGUUAGUGUUACAAAAAGCAAAGUGGACAAAAGAAGAAGUAGAUUUAUACGAAUUAAAUGAAGCUUUCGCAGCGCAAGCCAUAGCUUGCGUAAAAUCUCUUGGUUUAAAUCCUAACAAAGUUAAUAUAAACGGCGGAGCUAUUGCUUUAGGGCAUCCUAUUGGUGCAUCUGGUACUAGAGUAUUAGUAACUCUAUUGCAUUCCUUAGAAAGAAUUGGUGGAAACAAAGGUGUUGCAGCCUUAUGUAUUGGUGGAGGAAUGGGAAUAGCAAUUGCUGUUCAAAGAAAAUAACAAAUACUUUAUCCAAAUAGGUAUUACAUUUCAUUAAUACUUGUGCAUUAUUAUUUUGCAACAAAAUACUAUGUGAGUGUGUCACAUAAGAUUUUUAUUAUCUUCUUGGAUUAUUAUGAUGAAAUAUUGAUUUUAUUACACAUUUAUUAAAUCAUUGAAAGUUUAAAUAUUAUUACAACAAAUAUUAAUUAAUAUUAUCCUAAAAAAAUAUGCAAGGCCAUAAUAGAAAGUUUAGAACAUGCUUUUAUAAUACUUUUUAUUUUGUAUCAUUAUAAUAAGGUGUUGACUAAUAUAAUUAACUAAAUUUACUUUGUCUAUAUUUACUUAUAUAUCAGUUAUUGGCAACUGUACUUACAAUUUGUACAAAACAAUCAUUUUUAUGCUAAACUUGUUCACUAUAUUAUGCAAUGUAGGUUUAAAUAGAAGUUAUUUUCGUAAAUGAAAAAUGUAAUUGUUAAUAAAAAUAUAAAAUUAUCAAUUUGUUAUUAA